CAGACGGCUGGUCAUCCUCGAACACCGCGAUCUUCGUUUGUCUCUAAUUACCUUUAGUCCGGUACAAAAGGUUGUAGCAAGCUGUGAGCAUCAAUCGUUUUUUUUUUCUGAUCACCAAUAAAGCAAGUGGAGAUUAACCGGUAAACGAAUGAACACGAAUAAAGUGAUGCGUGGGAUGUAGGGGAUACCACGCAGGCGAUGCUUAAAAACAAGUGAGCAUCUAUUGGUUAAGCAGAGGAACAAACUUGAUUUUCAUUUGUUUCUGAUUACCUUCGGAGUAUAUUAACGAACCGCGAUCUUCGUUUGUCUCGAAUUACAUCAAGUCCGGUGCGAAAGGUAGACUGUGCUGAAGAACAAGUGCCGGGUAAACAGAUGAAUAACCUUCAUUUUCGUUUUGUACUAAUCACCAACUAAGUGGUACGUGAGUUGCAGGGGAUUUAAAGUUGGCUAUAUGCUUGAAAACAAGUGAAGAUCGAUCCAUUAAACAGAUGAACAAAAGUGACGAUCAAUCGAUUGAGAGAUGAAAUGAUUCAAUUAUUAAGUUAAACUUAGUGAUCAGGGAUUCAGCAUUUGUUUUUUUGAAAGAUAGAAGUAAGCCAUACCUACAAGCAAGUGACGAUCUAUUGAUUAACCGAAGUAAUGAUGCGGAACUGAUUCAAGGUUACAACCGAGGUGCGUAUAUAGUGUGCUUGUGCUGAUCUCGUUUUUUUCGAAAAAUGUGGAGGACGUUCUUCGCGAUGGUGGCCAGUAUUGCGUUGUUGGGUGUGAUCAGUGCUUUAGGGCUUGAGGGGCAAAUACCGAUGGUUGAGAGAAGUGAUUGUUACGAGAAAUCUGCAAGUGGACAACGUCUAGGCCCAAAAAGCGUUUACAGGAGAUUCAACUGUACAAUAGUCGAUGAAUGCAAGAAAGCGUGUACCAAGGAGAAGGAAGCAUGCAAAUCUUUCAGUUUUGGGUUAUCACCAAAAGGAAACGGGACCUGUGAGUUAGGUACUGAAACAGUCAAAGAAACUGCUGAUCUCAAACCAAUAGGUGCCAUCAACGACACAGAGUUCGAACUGUAUACCAAGAAGCUAGGAUGUUCUUUAGUUAUCGACAAGACUCCAAAUAAAAAACCGGCAACUCAUCCUGCAGACAGAAACUCAAUACCCUCCACUCAAAAACCAGACAGGCUUGGUGACAUAAACAACGACCCACACCCAGACGGUACUAGGUACCAAUACCAUGACAAAUAUCGGCCUCUAUAUGGUUCAGACCAAUACUCAGACGGUACCAGAUACCAACAUCAUGACAGGGAUCAACCUCUGUAUGCUCCAAGCCAUCAAUAUACUCCUCCACUCAAAUCUGGAGAUGAGACGCCGGGGCGUGUUGGGAGUGAACUAAUAGCUGUAGCCAGUGGGGUUGACACGUAUCUGCACCCUGUACAUGACAUUAUCCUCAGCAAAAGAAGUAGGUGUGGAGUAUGUGGUGAAGAGCAUUUUCAAGGUGAAGCGCAUUCGCAUUUUGCUUCUGACAGCUAUUACAAGUAUCCUCCACCAAAUCGUGGAUCAUGGUAUGGAGAGAAGCCCAGUGAUCAUCUUGAUCGUGACAAUAGGCCAGUACAGGAUGUCCCAGCAAAGCCUGACUUACCCUCGUAUCGUCCUGAUGAUCGAUAUGAUUAUUGGCCAGAUAGAAAACCACCUUAUACUCUUCCUGCUUACGGUUCACUAAUCCCUCAUCCAGAUGAAUAUUAUGGAACACCACCUGAACAUAACUAUCUUGGUAAACCACCAGAUACUGACAGAUAUCCAGAUUAUUCAUCAUACAAGCCCAAUGACCGCCCAGAAGACUACCACUACUACUACUACGACCCACCGACACCCUUACCUGUCAAACCAUCUGGUUAUUACUACGAAACACCUCAGAAACCCACCUUUUACGAAGACAAUAAUCCCUCAACACCUCAAUUGCCUCCAACAGAAAGGCCUUUGCCUCCACCUGUAACUCCAGAAGUUACUUCACCACCAAGGCCCAUAGAAGGAGAUAGAAGGGAUGACAAGCCAGAAGGUGGAGAUUGUAAGGGAUGCUUACCAAAUGGAGGCAAGUCGAUCGUCACACAUAUUGUGGGAAAGCAUGGGCAGCAGGUUACUUCUAUUAUCACUGAUAUCACCAAUAAAGGCAAUGCUGCAACAAGUAGAGACAACGCCUGUUUCCGGAGAGUGUUGGCAGCAAAACGGGUAUCUCGCGCUUUUGUGAAAAAAGCUAUAACCUGCGAAACUGUAGAGGAGUGUCAAAGAGAAUGCGCUUCAGAGAAAAGAUUUGUCUGCGAAGGAUUCAACUACCGAUUGGACCCCACUGGUCGCGGCAAAGGUGACUGUGAGCUUCUGGACUGUCCUCUAAGCCAACUGGACCUUCGUCGUGACAUUCUGCCAGAUCCAAACUACGAUUAUUAUGAACGAGAUCGAAACGCAGUAGAAUGUGAGAGACGUCGGCCUCAAAACAGAUACGGAGGGAGUGGAUAUAAUGGUUAUGGUGGGUAUGGUGUAAGAUCAAGCAGUAGCUAUGGUGGCAGCUAUGGCAGCAGCUGGAACUACAAUAGCUACAGUGGCGGUGACUAUCACAGAAACUAUGCGGGAAACAGAGGAGGGGGAAGCUACAAUGCUGACCGACGGUACGAUUACGAUGAUGGUCGCCGCCCAGGAGAUCGUUGGUCUACUGACGAUAGACCCAGAAGACCGUAUCUACCGCCUUCUGACCGACCUCCUUUCUAUGGUAGCGAAAACAAUAGACGAGGAGACUAUCCAAAAUACCCUUCACAAGACACUGACAGGCCAUUACACUACCUACCACCACCUAAUAAACCUCAAGACAGAAUUCUAUUUGAACAUGAGGAAAAAACACACUACUUACCUCCAAAGGUAGACACGUCUAGUGAUUGGGGAUCAUACGGCAAGAGCAGUCAAGCAUAUAAUCAAUACGGAGGUUACAACUACUGGUACAGUAAAUAUGAUGAUUGGAAGCCAAUAGUUGGUACUCAUUUAAUACCAUCCGGUCCAGACAAUUCUUUUGACAAUCAUAUUACACCUGCUGUACCACCCUCGAGACAGCCACACAGAUACGACGUUAAACGAGAUGAAUGUUCCCUUAGAAUGGCAUCAGGCUUCAAACUACACAAAACUGUUGUGGGGAGAUUAUUUUCAGUACAAAAUAUUUAUGACUGUGAGUUGCUAUGUUUCAAAGAAAAGGGAUUUUUGUGUUCUUCCUAUGCCUACAGGUACACUUUACCGGCAGAUAACUGCUACUUGAGUUCAAAGAACCAUAAGGAACUCAACUAUUACACAGACGUAGAACCUGACAGAGACUUUGAUCUCUAUACAAUGAACAAUAGGGAUAAGUGCGCCGAAAGCAUUGGGGUCAGAGGUGGAGAUGAUAGUGAAUGUUUUUUGAGAGUGAGAAGUGGAAAACGUUUGCACGAAAGUGUCGUAAAAGAUUCCUUGACAACAAAAUCUGCUGUGGAAUGUCAGAUAACAUGCUUAAAAGCGACCAAAUUCACUUGCAGAGCGUUUAGCUUUAGGUAUGGUCCGCCAGUGAUUGGAGGAGUAAUAGACAACUGUCAGUUAACUGACUGCCCAUUUUAUGAGCUGGAUCCCAUAAGGCAUUUCGUGCCAGAGACCGCAUUCGAGAUAUACGAAAGAGCUAGCUUUGGACAUGGUUGUGAACCAGAUCAUUUUGUUAUUCUCGCUCAGGGGAAUAAGAAUAAGGUUGCUAAAGUGGACCAAUUGUGCUAUGUAGGAUUUAGCACCCCUGCAAGGCUUCUUCCACAAGCAGUCCGAAAAGCUGUCUAUGUUCCUUCGGAAAUUGAAUGCAAGCUAGAAUGUUCGAAAUACAGGCAUGGAACGUUGUUCCAGUGUAUGUCCUUCAGCUUCAGGGCUGGAGGCUCCACGUUCUCACCAAACUGCCACCUCUCCGACAUCUUGCAGCGAGACUUAUUGCAAGACAUCGAUUACGUCUAUGAUACAAACUGGAAAUUAUUUGCAUGGGAUACCUUUACUCCUGAUUGCGUUGCUAUUAUUUACGCAACUGAGGAUGGGGAUAACAAUCAUUUGGGGCAUGGAGGAGACAUGGACCACAAGCACGAUACAUCCUAUUAUGGUUUGGACACAUGGAGAGUUUACAGUGUUAGCGGUUGGCCUUGCCGGAGAGGUAGUACCUGCAUAGAAAAUAAAGAAGCUGGUUUUUGGUACUGCGAGUUAGAAGGGGCUGAAAGCGGAAGUUGGGAUUAUUGCUGCAGACCAGAUCAUCAAUGCGGUGCAUCUUACGAAUAUCCAUAUCAAUGGUGUUACGUAGGACCCGCGAGAACCCAGUGGCGUAAAUGCAGUGACAGCUACUACCCAUACAUCCGCCACUUGAUCGACGAGCGCUCCGACCAUCAUCACAAACCGUACCUCCCACCUCUUGAGGAUAUUCGACCUCCUGGAGGUCUAUAUCCUCCGCCUCCUUACCGACCUGGGGCCAGACCGGAUAGACCUCCUGCGCCAUCCAUAGAGCCGCUGCCCACGCCUUCCUUGAGUCAGUAUGAGCAGCAGUUUGAUGAUGAAUUUUUGAGUUUGAAGCCGCCUAAGUUGCCAGCUGGAAUAUCGCAAUCCAGACACUGGCCAAUAUCUUAUCUCCACAAAGAGAUGCCUCCAAACAUAACCGACCCCGAACCUCAACUUUCAAAACACAACCCCAAAUACCAGGCUAUCCAAAGCCUCAUUAACGUUAUCAAGAAUAACGACCUUCAGAACCUGGAAUACCACAUUUCCAACGAUACCAAAAGUGAUGACAUUCUAUUCGUAAGGAUACCUUUACCAGCCAACUUCACCAGAGAUGCUAAGAAUUCAAUUCAGAGUAACACUAGCGUAGAACUAGCAAUGUCAGAGAGUAAGAGAUCUCAGAAAUCGUUGUUUCCUCCUACAGAUGAUGAAGGCUCUGCCACAGGAUCCACAGAAUUUAUACCUAGGUGGGGUAGGAAUUCUAGAAGAGGAUUUGUUACCAGGGCGAAUUUGACAUCGCAUGGAAGACGAUCUUGAUUUUUUGUGUUGAUUCUUGAGUUUUGCCAUACAAUACAAGUUGAUGUAAAGAGCCCGUCAGGGUUAUUACGUAAGUUUUUUUUUCAAAACCGGCUGAUUUCAUAGUUUCCAGAUUAGAUUUGUUUCAGCCAAAGUAUCAGGUUAUCCAAAAACAUCAUCGUUGAGCCAUUAUUAUGUGUCACAAUCUUAUUGGGUUGUAAAUGGAUCCAAUGCACUGAUUACAUAUGUUGAGCCAUCCUAAUAACAACAGUACAAUACCAAAUUAGAGAGAAAUGAAACAUGACUACAAAACCAUGGCCUCCACAAAACAGCUGAUGGCGUCUGAUCACGUGUUGUUCUUAUUUAGACGGAAAUAAAUGCGAUGUUGCCAGACCGAUAAUCCUUUUUGGAUUAAUUCACUGACCAUCACUUGUAGUGAAGGCAUUUUUUUGAAAUUCACUUUUGUUUGGAGAUUUAUUCAUGGUUGUGAUAUUUAUCAUCGGUUUGCCGCCUACGGAAUAUAUUCUUCAUUCAAUAAAGUAACAACUCACACUUUUUGCGAGAGAAAUUAUUCUCAAAACCUGCUGUAGAUUUAACUUUUCGGACCUUACUCUUAAAAGAGGAACGUCAGCUUGAAAUUCAUAAGUUUUCUUACCUCAAAUUGCGAAUUUUCCAAUCGUCGGUCUAUUUGACAGUUACUGGACAGCUUAGCCUCAAGAGACGAUAUAUUUAAAUACUUAUUUCGUAUGACUUUUAGACGUAACCACCAAAAGAAAAGAACUUCACUAUAAAUGCAGCAUUUUAUACACAUUUUAUGGCAGUUUGGCAACACAACCUCAGUACAUGUAACACCGGCUCCACACGUUGGCCCCAACGUUGGUACCAACGUUGGUCGGUUAAGUUGGUGAAGCGUCCACACGUUGUUUAUUAUACUAGUUCCUUUCUGUCAGAGCCAAUGUGAAGAUGUCCGACACCGAAACCGAAAUUGCUCUAAGCGCUUUUACAGUACUGAUGAGUGCGUAUAAUUUAUAUUUGUUAUUGAAAAAAAAGAAAAAGCCAC